GUUACAAAUCAGUGGUUCCUACCAGCUGUUAGAGGAGACAUCCCUCCAGGCUGCGCUGCCCAUGGAUUUGUCUGUGAUGGUACCAGAAUAUUAGUAUUUGGGGGAAUGGUUGAAUAUGGAAGAUACAGCAAUGAGUUAUAUGAGUUACAAGCAAGUCGUUGGUUAUGGAAAAAAGUGAAACCCCAUCCCCCUUCUUCUGGUUUACCUCCUUGUCCUCGGCUAGGACAUAGCUUCUCUUUAUAUGGUAACAAAUGCUAUUUGUUUGGUGGCUUAGCAAAUGAAAGUGAAGAUUCAAACAAUAAUGUUCCCAGAUACUUAAAUGAUUUCUAUGAGUUGGAGCUACAGCAUGGUUCUGGUGUUGUGGGUUGGAGCAUACCAGUGACUAAAGGGAUUGUGCCUUCUCCCAGAGAAUCCCACACAGCUGUUAUAUAUUGCAAAAGAGAUUCUGGAAGUCCUAAAAUGUAUGUUUUUGGUGGAAUGUGUGGUGCUCGUCUGGAUGACCUAUGGCAACUUGACUUAGAAACUAUGGCAUGGUCAAAACCAGAAACUAAAGGGACAGUGCCACUUCCACGAAGUCUUCAUACAGCCAGCAUUAUAGGAAACAAGAUGUACAUCUUUGGUGGAUGGGUUCCACAUAAGGGGGAAAAUAUUGAGACUUCACCUCAUGAUUGUGAAUGGAGAUGUACCAGUUCAUUUUCUUACCUAAAUCUGGACACAGCAGAGUGGACUACCCUAGUAUCAGAUUCUCAGGAAGAUAAAAAAAAUUCAAGACCAAGACCGAGAGCUGGACACUGUGCUGUUGCAAUUGGCACUCGAUUGUAUUUUUGGAGUGGAAGAGAUGGCUACAAAAAAGCACUGAAUAGUCAGGUUUGCUGCAAGGAUCUUUGGUAUCUUGAUACUGAGAAACCACCAGCACCUUCACAAGUACAACUGAUCAAAGCCACUACCAACUCUUUUCACGUCAAGUGGGAUGAAGUGCCUACAGUGGAGGGCUAUCUUUUGCAGUUGAAUACAGACUUGCCGUACCAAGCUGCAUCAUCAGAUUCUUCAGCUUCGCCAAAUAUGCAAGGAGUCAGGAUGGACCCUCACAGACAAGGCAGUAACAGCAUCGUUCCUAACAGUAUCAGUGAUACAAUGAACAGUGCAAAAUCUGAACAUACUGCUAUGAAAGGAGCUUCGGUGAAAAACAAACCAGAUCUCAAAGCAUCAACUGAUUCUAAUGCCAUUUUACAUUCAUCUUUGGCAACUAAUGCUUCUAAUCAUAAUAGUUGUGUUGUGGAUAUGCUAAGGAAAAAUGAAGGUCCUCACACUUCAGCAAAUAUAGGUGUUCUAAGUAGUUGCCUGGAUUUAAGAACAGUAAUCCCUGAAACUUCUGUAUCCAGUACUGUUUCCAGCGCACAAACUAUGGUAACCCAGCAGACCAUUAAAACUGAAUCAUCCAGUACAAAUGGGGCAGUUGUUAAAGAUGAAACUUCACUAACAACAUUCAGUACCAAAUCUGAAGUUGAUGAAACAUGUGCACUGCCUGCAACUAAGAUCAGCCGUGUAGAGGCACAUGCUGCAGCGAUGCCAUUUUCUAAAGAGACUCCUUCAAAUCCAGUGACUACAAUGAAAGCAGGAGAACGACAGUGGUGUGAUGUAGGAAUUUUUAAAAAUAAUACAGCUUUGGUGAGCCAGUUUUAUCUGCUGCCAAAAGGGAAGCAAAGCAUCUCAAAGAUAGGAAAUGCAGACGUACCUGACUACAGUUUACUUAAGAAACAAGAUCUUGUUCCAGGCACAGGAUAUAGAUUCAGGGUUGCUGCCAUCAAUGGUUGUGGAAUAGGCCCUUUCAGCAAAAUCAGUGAAUUUAAAACUUGUAUUCCCGGUUUUCCUGGAGCUCCUUCUGCAGUCAGGAUUUCAAAGAAUGUUGAGGGUAUCCAUCUUUCUUGGGAACCUCCCACUUCACCUUCUGGAAAUAUUUUGGAAUAUUCAGCAUACUUGGCUAUCCGCACAGCACAAAUACAAGAUAAUCCAAGUCAGCUUGUGUUUAUGAGGAUUUAUUGUGGUCUUAAGACAUCAUGUGUAGUGACCACUGGGCAGCUUGCAAAUGCACAUAUCGAUUAUACAUCCAGGCCUGCCAUUGUGUUCAGGAUAUCAGCAAAGAAUGAGAAGGGGUAUGGACCAGCAACACAAGUUCGAUGGCUUCAAGGUAACAAUAAAAAAGCACCUUUAAAUUGAAUUUUUUUUUUUACUGAAGCUAUUGUGAUUAUUAUUUAUUAGUAACUGGUUAUGAAGAUUUGUCAUUUAAAAGAGUGUUCUCUGUAUUUCUCAUAGUUAUGAAUUUGAGUUUGUAAGUUGUUAUUAAAAUGUAUUUGCUCAAUUCUAGAUCCAAAUAAAAAUAGAAAAGAAGCAAAGCCUCUCUGAAAAUUAGUAUAUGGAUUCUUCCUUACAGUUAUAGCUCUUUUAUAAAGGAAAAUAGUAAAAUUAAGAUACAAGCUAGAAGGCUUUAUUACCCCAAUAUCUUAUAUAAAGGCCAUGUAACUCAGUCAUCCUAGAGUUAUUGAGAUGAUUCUAGUAACUGGCUGUUGUACACUGUGCUGUCUUAUAUAGUAAAUGUUCUCUACAUUGUAAAGGCCCUGUCUUUGAGUAUUCCCUCUAACUUCGUUCUAUUCAAUGAGCAGUGGUCCUCUAACAACUAUCUUCUAGUAGAUAAUAUUUGUGAUACUAAUUUUAGUAGCCAUUUGAUUCAUUUCUUUGUUUAUAUACAGUUAGCACAGGGCUUAAAUUUAAAAAAGAAAGAGGCAAGUUCAGAAGCUCUGCUUUUGAACUUUUGUCAUUUUCCAAGAAUCAUGGCAAAAUACAAAAAGAUUAAUGGUUUUUCUUGAUUUAUACCAGGUUGAUAUGUUGGAGUAUAUUGAAUUUUGGCCAAAGCACUUAACUUAUCUGGCCCUCAGUUUCCUUGUUGUUAGAUGAGACAGUUAAAAGAAUUUACCUGUAGGGUCCCUAUCAGCACUGAAAUUCUGUAUUUUCAUCAGAACUGAAGUAUAUCCCUAAACAUUUCAACAUCUGUCUUAAUGGAUCUAACUUUACUUUUGCUGAAAUUUAAACAUUCAUAAUUUAAAAUUCAGAAUUAAAGUAUAUGUCCUCCUUAUUGCAGAAAGAAAGAAGCACCUUAACAGGACACAAGUUUUGAAAUAGUGUUUUAAACAUUUGUAAGAUUUUUGUAAAUGCUCUAAAUGUUUUAUUUUUGCAUUGUUUUUACCUCGAAAUUGUAUAAACUUUUUUACAACUGAAAUAGAAGCAUUAGACAGCUUACUCAGGUUCCAUUACAACCUUAAGGAUGCGUAUAUAGGCAUUAUGGAUACUCUGCUACAGGUAACUUGUUUCAAACCUUUUAGGAAUUUCAUGGUUCCACUGCCUAUUUGAAUCUGAAAUGAACAUACAGAGCAAUAAUUGCAGAAAAGAUAUUUCAAACUCAGAGCUGCAAUAACUGCAGGGCACAGGUCUAUCUUUUUUAUACUAUGUAACCUUAUGCCAGUUUAGGUUGACUGAGUAGCUGUGUCCUCAAACUUCAUGUAUAAUACUCCCAGCAAAGAUGGAUUUAAUUGUGCAGAAUUGAUAUAUAUGUAUGUUCCAGUUACUAAUUUAAAGUGUAUAGAAUAUUUUAAUAUAUAAUUUUUGUAAAGAACUGGGAUUUUUAUACUACAGUAUUUGUAAUUAAUGUCUCACUAAUUAAGUUUCUCUUGAAGAAAAUAUGCAGACUGUUAGACACAUAAUGAGUGAUUUCCAAACUCUAAAGGUAAAAUAAAUGCACUACUAUGGUGUUGUUAGAAUACCUUUUUUUGUGGCUGUAUGAAUCUAUAAUCUUUAAAUGUGUAUUUUACAAACAAUGUUUACAAGGAGCUUCUCUGGUUUAUUAUCCCAGCACCUAUCUUGGUGAGAGCUUCAUUCUGCUUUUGUUUAACUCAUAUGCUUUGCUUUUGGCAUAUGCUUGCUUUUUGCACUAGUAGAAUUUUAACUUACCUCAUUAUUAUGUUUGUAAUCGUCUGUAUAGCUUCCGUAAUAUGUCUGAUAUAGGCUAAAGAAGUACUUAACCAAAGUUAAAAUAAAUGGUAAGCAAUUUUGCACAUAUUAAAUGCUAGGGUUUGUUGUGUAUAUGUGUGUGUUUAGUUAUAAAAAAGAGUAAGAAUGGAGAGUUAUAGUUUGUUUCAAGCUCAGUUAUUUUAAUGGUCUGUUUGCUUCAUUAGGAAAAGGUCUGGCUUUUAACCCCUUAUUCUCUGCAUUAAUUAACAGUUUUGCAUCUUGAAGCACUUCUCUUAAUUACAAGGAAUAAGUUGACUUUAAGCAAAGAAUAGAAUAUUUGUUUGAGCGUAUACAUUUAUACCUAAUUAUUAUUUUGUUUAGUUAACUUUGCUUAAAUGCCUCUAGUGUUCUAGACCAGGAGGUGACAAUGAACCUGUGGUUCUAAAAUAUGUCUUAUUUUCUAGAGAGAAAGACAGUCUUUCAAUACCAAGAUACUUGUUAAAAUGUUUUUACUUUAAGAAUUAGCCAAUUCUUUACCAUUUUCUGGCAUUUGUACAUUAAGUACUAGUCACAUUUAUCUCUCUGAUAAAUGAUUGGUGACUGAAAGAUGGCAUUGAGAAAUCUGUGUGGCUUUGACAUUAAUAGUUAAUAAGAGAACUUUGAGCUAUGAGUUUAUGAAUAGAAUGGAUUGGGGUAAAUAACAAGAAAAGUACAUUUACCUUCUUACGAUUUGCACAUUUUUCUAAGUGAAGAUUCCUUUGAGUAGCAGUGGGCUAUAUAACAUGCAGAUAUCUUUCAUAGGAGGAUUUACACAGAACCAAAUUACUUUCUUUACUCCUCCCUGCUGGAUAAGCAAUUCAGAUGUACAAGCCUUUGUGCCACAGUCCUCUUCCUGGACUCUGCAGCUUUGGUUCACAUAUGUAGUAAAAAGAUUUUGAUGUUGCAUGCUCUUAGAAUUAAGUUUUCUAAAAUAUUGCAUUGGCUUCAUUUUAGUUUAGUAAACUGUUUGGCAGCUUAACUAGAAAUAGAAUAUUAUAAACUCAUUUUUAUUGCAUUUAAAAAAAAUGGAAAUAAUCUGAUUGCACGUAUGAGGCUCCCUGCCAUAUAACCCAGUUACAUAAAUAUAAUCAUCUGUAAGAGGGUGAAACUGUUGAUCCAUUAUUUCAAAGACUUAUAGACUAGCAACAGUUUGUUCUGGUUAGAGAUACAGUCUACUAUAACUGAAGAUAUUUUUGUUUUAAAAAAUUACAGCACUUGUAGCAUAAAAAUAAUUUGUAACAUUGGAUAUGAAGAGAUUAUUAAUAUUUAAAAUUAACGUAGUCAUCUGGUCAUAAAUAGAUUACAAAAUAGACUUGGUCUUUGACCAUUUAAGGUAUAAUCGACAGUUACGUUUUCAUGACUGAUUUUAGGCAGUUUUAUGUAUUGUGUACCAAUGAUAUAUAAAAUAAAGCACCUUUUAUACUAUAACCAAUUACAACUGUUAUUUAUUUUGAACUACAUGGAAGAAAAACUAGUGAUGGCAGAGGAACUCUGUAGAAAUGUUGAUUUUAUAGCAAUCACUUAAAAUAAUAUAGGCAGUCUCAUAAAGAAUGGAUUGUGUCUAAAAACUUGUUUACAAGUUAGUGGAUUGUGUUUGGGAAUCAUUUUCUGAUAGAAAUAUAAAGCUUAUCUAUAACCUUUAUUGCAGCUGACCUAGUAUGUUUGAAAGUAAAAAGGCAAAUGGCUCCAAGAAAGAGACUUAAACUUGUUGUCACCUUUUUUUGAUCUCCUUUUAAUUUAUGCUUUUCACGCAUUUUAAUUCAUAGCAGCCUGGCUUCUGUCUAUCAGAGUGGCUGUAGCAAAGGUUAGGGAUAACUUCUCAUUUCCCAAAUCCAGUGAAUUCUUUCAUUGUACUUAUUAAUCUUGUCAUUUGAAACUUUUAACCACUCCCUUGACAGUUUCACAUUUUUCUAGGUUCUGUCAUACUGUGCUCUCUGUGUAUUUUUAUGCAUCUCCUCUGUCUGCAGUCCCCUUUAACACUCUCACCUAUCUCCAUUCGUAUUUUCAAGAUUCAGGUAAAUUGCCGACCUGAUGAAGCCUUUCCUGACAUACUCCAUUUCCAGGUAGAUUUGACUCCUUUUUCUUGUGCCCCCACUGUCCUUUGUUAAGUCUUCUGUCAUAGCAGCCUAAAAACUGUUGUGCCCUUACUUGUUAGCAUUGUUCCUCCUCUUCUGACAGAUGGUAGGUCUUUGAGACGGAGACUGAGUCUUUAUAUCUCUUUCAUAUCAACCCUUUAUCUCGUACUUAAAUAUUUUAGCAAAUGAGUAAAGAAAAUUGUCACCUUUACAUCUCUCUCCAUACUCUCGCUCCCCAUCUAAAAUUGGGUCAAAAUGGGAGGGAGGCUUUGAAAAGGAAAGAGAUUUUAGCAGAUUUAAUAAGCCUCUGGAGGAAACACAAACCCCAGCUUUGUGUUACCCUACCCUGCUGUUACUUAGGUUCCUAAGAGAAGUCCUGGGAUAAAUAAGGGGUGUGUCACAUAUUUACUAGGCUAAAAGGGAUUUAAUAUGGGUGUGUUUAGAUUGCAAGAGGAAGUCUUUGAUCUAAAAAGAUCUGAGCAUUUAGUGAGAUUGGUGGGCAUUGGUAGAUAAUGAUUUUUAACAUUGGAUGAUCAGGAAAAUGAGCUAAAAAUAUUUCCAAAGUCAGUCUCUCUGAUUUCCCUAUGGGAAAGCCAUGGGCAGUUGUCUAACAUUCGAAAAAACUACCUACCUAUUUAAUAUGUUGUAAGCAUGGGGCGCUGCUGGAGGACGCAGAACACCAGCAUUAGAACCACACUGGAGUCUUAUGUGUCAAGUCAGGUCACUCUUGUCACCUCUAAGCUUAUAGGACAAAGGACUCUUACAUUUUAUUACUGGAAAACAAGAUGAUAUUGGCACACCUUUCUUCCAAGUUUUCCAGUUACAGUUGGGAGUCCUUAUGCUCAUAUAUUUCUAUAACUCAGAUAAAGCCCUUUUUAUAAUUUAAAUCAUGCCUGGAAAAACAUGAACUACCAUAUUCUGGGGAGAAACAAUAAAUUCUAUAAACUGAAUGAUGAAAGAAAAAGCUAUACUGGCCUCCUUAUUGAAAAUAGAUUUUGAUAUCUUAUUAGUAUUAAUUUGCUUCUUUCCUGUCCUCUGGAGAACUAAAAUCAGGAACAUGUCCACUUGCGGGACUUUUCAUCUCAGCAAGGUCAUCAAACUGAGUGCAAGUUUCUUUUGUUUCAUAUUUGGUAUCUUGGAUAAGUUGAAUCGGGCAGGGCCUCAUACUUUAAGGUCAUCAGAUUCACAAUCUGACUACCACUUCUGCCAGAGCCUCAAAUUCGGGUCUUGAGAAUUCAGGGUUAUGAAGUCUUUGGCUUUGUGUAGAGAGAAGAGUAGGAAACCAUAGCUUUGAGGCUGUGGAGGAACUAUUUCCUGACUUGAUUUUUUUGGUUCAAAACAAGUUUUUUGCAGAGUCCUCAGAGAUGAUGGGGAAUUUACAUAUAUUCCCUGAAGAUAAAAGUGCAAGAAGUAGGAAUUGGUGGCAUAUCAGAUAUGAAAGCUAUAGCAGACAAGGAAAUGGCCCUCCAUUCUACCCAUUCCCCUUUCCUCCUCUCCUUGCCACCCAGAGACAAGAAGCUAAAGGAUUCCUCAUUCCUCAGCAUGAAAAUUGAGGAAGGCCCAAGGAGAACCAUUUAUGUCUGAGCAUAUACAGGGUAAAAAUUAAAGGUAGCGGCCAGUGUUUGUUUUGGAACAUAAAGUAACUCUUUCUACUAGUAAGGCAUGGUCCAACAAAUGUCCAACUCUGACCAAGAGGAUUAUCCAUUCCUCCGCCUCUCUGGAGAGAAAGAGUGGGAGUUUCCUAAGAGCUUGAGAAAGUUUCUCUCCUAAUUUCUGCUUCUUAUUGGAGAAGGAGGAAAAAGCUACAGGCAUAAUAAUUACAUCCAUUUUAACACAGUUUUGGGUGUGCCACUUAAAGCAGCAUAGUGUGUUAAGAGAGUGGGCGGAGAGCUCUGGUGGUCCAAGCAACUACUUGAUCUGAAUCAUCCUGCUACCAGUUGCAGUAUAGCACCCCCUGGUGGCAUUGUCCAUUCCAGCUUACAUGUGGGUAAGAUUUGGGGUCUUGUAGCAUUGGAUUUUAAAAACAGCUACAGAAAUGUCAGGAGCUUUCUGAGUGUCUGGAACUCAGUUGAGGAAAUUGGACCUGAAGAUACACUUUCUGUUUCUCCGCUUCCUGGGAAUGUGUUGCCAACCAUUUGCUGCUGGGCCUGGUCUACCUCUUGUACCAACUCCUAACCCAAGAUAAUAACUUUAGCCUGUCUUCUUUGGGUGCAAGGGAUGGAUCCAGUGUUUCAAGGUCUUUUUUUUCCAAAUUUCUAAAUUGUAUACCAAAGUUCAUAGCUAAUCCCCUAAUCAGGAGAAAUUGCACCUUAACUGCGCCUUGUUUAGUCUGCAAAAUGGCACUGCCAGUGAUGACAUGAUUGCAAAAUUGUUCUGACAUUUGUGUGACCAACGUGGCACCUGUAAUUAAGCAAUGUGGAAAAACAGUCAAUAGCCACCAUACACUUUCUGUAUUUUUAGAUUGCUUAACACAUAAAUGUACUAUUAGGAGAAUGUGCCAAAGGGAAUUUGUACUUUUGAAAGUCAACAGAAUUCAGUAAAGAGGCAGUCUUUUGGCAGUUUAUUUUGAGAUUUGCAUCACCUAUUAUUUUAUUCUCUGCUUUAUACAAAUAAUUAUACCCAGUAAACCAAGUAACCAAUUAACCAGAAUCAUACCAGUGACUCUGAACCAACUUGGCAGAGCAGUACUAUAAUACUGCCAUCUCGUUGGAUCCUGACUCUCUGGGAACCUAGUUAACUUCUGUGAAGAAUAGCUCAUAUUCAUUCCUUUUUUCAUAUUGUUAUGUAUUUCUUCCUCACCAGUUACCAUUAUUGGCUGACUUUCAAUGCAGAGCAGUGGCUGAAACAUCAGAUAUUCUCUCUCUUUGUUGAUGAAAUUAUACAUUACAUAACCUAGAAUCUUUUUUCUUUUAAAAUGUUUGUUGAGAAAAAAUGAUCAUGCAUGUACUCAAUCUUCACCUUAAGAGCUAGAAUGCCCUCAGAUGCUUAGAAUUCCUCCCUUUGUCUUCCCUCUACACACACCACAUGAGGUAAACAUUUUUCUGGAUUUUUUUGUUAAUAAUUCCCAUGUUUUUAUUUGUGGUUCUACCAUCUAUGUAUGUAUCCCUAAUAAUAUAUUGUUUAGAUUUACCUGUUUUUGAACUUGUGUGUAAAUGCUGUCAUGCUGUAUGUAUUCUGUGACUUUUUUCUGACAUUGUUUUUGAGAUUCCCAUCCAUGUUUAUACAUGUAACUGUAUUUCAUUUGUUUUCACUGCUGUAUAGUAUUCCAUUGUAUGACUAUACUGCAAUUUAUUUAUCUGUUCUUCUGUUCAUGGAGAUUUGAAUUGCUUUCUGUUUUGGGCUUUUCUGAACGAUGCUGCUAUGAACAUUCUGCAAAUUAUAGUGUAAGCUCCAUGUGGGCAGGGAUUUUGUCUGUUUUGUCUAAUUUUGUCUGUUUAAACAUUCGUAAUGUCUAGAAAAAUGCUGGCACAUGGUAGAUGCUUAAUAAAUAUUUGAGGAGUGAGCAGAUUCUUGUACAUGUCUCCUGGUGCACGUGUGCAAGCGUUCCUCUAGGGCAAUUGUUUUCAAACUGUGGCCCCGGGAGCCUUGAGGGUCCCUGAGACUCUUUUAGGGGAGUCUGUGUGGGCAGAACUAUUUUCAUAAGAAUACUAAGGCAUUAUUUGUCCUUUUCACUCUCACUUCUCACGUUUAAAUAUUUUCCAGAUAUAUGACAUCAUCACUCUGAUAGCUCAUCAAGUGUGUACCAGUGUAUUUUUGUUUUGAAAAUGUCUUUUAAUUUUUAAUAUGGUAAAUAUUGAUAAAUAUAACCCAUGUGAACAACAGUUCUUUGAGGUCCUCAAUAACUUUUAAGGAUGUAAAGAGGUUCUGAGACCAAAAAUUUGAGAAUUGAUGCUCUAAGAAGUGGGUUUUACUUGGUCAUGCUUAACUGUUUUUUAAAACAUUUAUAUCAGUACGCUCCCACUGACAGUGGUUGAGUGUCAUUGUUCCAUAUCCUAGUGAACACUUAAUCUUGACUAUCUUAUUUGCCAAUUGGAUGGUGAUUAUAUAGUAUCUUACUGUGGGUUUAAUUUGUAUUCUCUGAUUGAUAAUGAAAGUGUUUUUUUCGUAUAUGAACGUGUUUCCUCUUCUGUGAAGUACCUAUUUGUGUCUUUUGACCAUUUUUCUAUUGGAUGUGUGUCUUUUUUUCAUUGAUUCAUAUGAUUUCUUUAUAUAUUCUGGAUACCAACCCUUUGUCAGUAAACAUGUUAUAUGUAUUUUCUCCCAGUUUGUGUAUUAUCUUUUGUAAUUGUACUGAAUCUGUUGAUAAGCUUGGAGAUAAUUGAUAUCUUUUCAAUAAGUCUUCCUAGCCAAAAACAUUGUGUAUUUCUCCAUUUGGUUUUCUUUUACUAUCUCUCAAUAAACUUUAAUAAUUUUUGUCCA